AUAGUCUAAGGUAUCACAAUUUUAAAUUCGAGAAUUACAUUACACUUACUAAUCCAAGUAACAUUCCAUUACGUUGACAGUUUGGGUGUCUUUGCUGUGUCACAGGGAGUUUGAUGGAAGGGAGAUAUCAAUGUCUUCCCUGUGCGGUCAGAGGACAGGCUGCUGUGGGGCGCGUUAGCUUGCACAGCAGCGGGCAGUAUGAGGAGGCAGUUAGCCUCUACCAUAAGAGGAGAAAUGUGCUUCCUGUAUGGGUGCCCAACCCUCCGUGGGAAACUGAAUGAGACGCUUCGCAAGAGGAGUGGGAAAGAACCAGCAGAGAGAGGCUUGGUAAGAUAGAGGAAGAUAUAAGGCAGCGUGAAAGCAGAAGGGAGAAGGAGUGACUGACACCUGCCCUCCAGCUCCAGUGUGAAGGGCACGGAAUGAGAGAGUAAGAGGAGGGGCAUGAAAAGAGGAAAAACAGAGGAGAGAAUGAAGACAACCGGAAAACAAGGCCUGCCUCACAGCAAACUUCGCUCAAAUUAGGACAUCUCGCCACAAGACAUGAUGAUUACAAGAAAUCUGCUCCUAUUGGUUUCCCUGUGCCUGUGGGAGGGGCUCGCGGCCAGUAAGAUUGUUCGCAGGAGAGGGGUGCUGAAGCUAGGGGAGAGCAGAGCUGCGGACCAAUGGGAUGCAAGUGUGGAUGCGAAUGCAAUGCCCGUGGUGACUUUUAGAAACCUGAUUAGUCAUGAGCAGACAGGUGACGCUGGAUCUUUUCCUCAUUCCAAAAUAUUGCAGAGUCAUGCUGCUCCAUCAGUAGCUAACAAGGAGAGGCAAGCUUUUAAGCCCAAGCGUGAGGUUGACUCUGUCAAUAAAAAAGAAGUGACUUCGCACAUAUUAGCCAAUAACAAGGAGCUGAACCAGGAUGUAAAGAAAGUGAAGAACAACAGCAAGACGGCUGAGACUUCUACCAAGACAGAAAGGUCAGAGAAGGCAUUCACAAUCCACCAUAAGCCAGAUCUACAUACCAAUAAAACCAGGUUUAAAUCAGGCUCUAGAUCCAGGAGCAGACCUGAUUUGAAUGUCCAUACUACAGGUGUGCCAGGAAAAGGAUUCAGCAUAGAUUCAAACCGAAAGCUGAACCUCACUGGCAGUUAUGGGGUUCUGAAGCUGCUGUCGAAAGAGAACUUAGUUAGGAUCGUCAAUUCCCAAAUGCAGAGCAUUCCCAGCCUGAGCUUUUCGAGCAAGGGCAGCCGGAGCAGGAAGAGAGAUUUGAUUGACGUUAAUCACAGACAGUUGGAGGCUCAGAAAAUGUCGAGACAAGAUAUGGCUGUCACUCAGCUUCACACUGGAUUUGAUAAUCAGACUGCAUUUCCUUAUUUUAGUCCAGUCACCACCCCAGAUCUUAAUCGAGACCAGGGAGCCAACACUCGUAUUAAUUCACUAAGUGAAGUCAACCCAGCUUUAAGUAAAGGGCAGGGCAAUUUUGGAAUGCAGGGUUCAGAUAAUGGCGAUAGCAAGAGCAAACACCUCGUCCGUUUACUGUCAACACCUCGCAGCGAGGUCAGUCUCAGCCCCGGGAAAGAAGCACCAAUCAGCCAAACAGAACCGCCAUUUACAUCGACAAAACAUAUCCCAGUGUAUGUUCCCUCUGAAACAAAUGAUUCCCCGGCAUCUGUGCUGACAAUGCAACCCUUGGGAGUACGACCGGGGAACAGAGCAGCAGAUCCCCAUAGAGACCCAUUAACAGAGUCAGUUCAUGCUGCUCAGACAGAACUCAGCACAGCUCAGUACCCUGCAGAUGAAGACAACAAACUUGUCAACAGCAGUCAUGUCCUGAGGCUCCACCCAGCUCCCGAAUGGCGCCGCGAUACAAACGACGCUGGGAUGCAAGCUGUCGAUCCAGAAAAUGAGAAGGGCCUUGUGUUUGAGGAGGCAGAGUCUGAGGUGGAAGAGGAGGUGCGUGACCGCAUGGAAGGGAAGGGGUCGCGCUCUCGCAGCAGAAGGAGCUGGAUCUGGAACCAGUUCUUUGUGAUCGAAGAAUACGCCGGGCCUGAACCUGUGCUCAUCGGACGGCUCCACACCGACAUGGACAGGAAUGAUGGACGCACUAAGUAUGUCCUGCGAGGCGAGGGAGCGGGCUCAGUCUUUGUGAUAGACGAGAAGACAGGUAACAUCCACGUCACCAAGCCACUGGACCGCGAGGAGAAGGAUGAGUAUCGUCUCAUCGCCACGGCCACUGACAGGCAGACAGACCGUGCCCUGGAGCCCUCCUCACAGUUUAUAAUUCGGGUGCAGGACAUCAACGACAACCCACCUAUCUUUGACGAAGGCCCCUACAUCGCCACCGUGCCUGAGAUGGCAAAUAUAGGCACAUCUAUAAUCCAGGUGACAGCGACAGAUGCUGAUGACCCGACUUAUGGGAACAGCGCCAAACUAGUGUACACACUGGUGCAGGGCCAACAGUACUUCUCUGUCGAUCCCCAGACAGGUAUUCUGCGUACGGCUGUACCUGACAUGGACAGGGAGACCCAGGACCAGUACCUGGUUUUGCUUCAAGCCAAGGACAUGGGGGGCCACCUGGGCGGAUUAUCUGGGACCACCACCGUCACUGUCAAACUCACUGACGUCAACGACAACCCUCCACGCUUCACUCAGAGUAUGUGGUCCUUCUCCGUUUCCGAGCUGGCCAUCCCGGGGGCUGAGAUAGGGCGCAUCUCGGCGGCCGACGCCGACCUCGGCGAGAACGCUAAGCUGGAGUAUACCAUCCUGGAGGGGGAGACCGGGGAAACGUUCAACAUCACCGGAGUGAACCAAGAGGCGGUCAUCACGCUCAACAAGGCCGUCGACUAUGAGAGCCGGAGCUCUUACUCCUUCUCUGUUGAGGUCCUCAACCCCAUAGUGGAUCCUCGCUUUUUGCGUCGAGGCCCCUUCAAGGACCGGGCCUCCAUCAGAGUAGCAGUGCUGGAUGCAGAUGAGCCUCCAAGGUUCUCCCGAACCCGAUACCUCAUGGAUGUAUCUGAAAACUGCCCGCCGGCUUGCACUGUAGGCCGGGUCAGCGCUGUAGACCCCGAUACUGGUCUUACCAAUAAUAUCAGGUUCUCCAUUGAUCCCCAGUCAGACCCAGAGGCUCUGUUUCGUAUCACCCCAGACACCGGCCUCAUCACCACAGCCAUGCAGCUGGACCGGGAACGGGAACAUUGGCACAACAUUACUGUCAUCGCCACCCAGAGAGACAAUCCCAGCCAGGUUUCCAGAGUUCUGGUUGCAAUAGAGACGUUAGACCUGAAUGACAACGCACCCGAACUCGACAGGCAAUACACUACUGCCAUGUGUGACUCAUCCUCCAUCGGGCAGGUGGUGCAGGUGUUGCGGGCGAUUGAUAGAGAUGAGGGAGGGAAUGACAGCACAGUGUAUUUCAGCAUCCCUCCGGAGUCCAGCGCCGCCCUCAACUUCAGCGUCAGGGACAGUGGUGGCCCCACAGCGAGCCUGGUGCUGCUGUCCCAGCUCCAGCCGCUGUCCCGCUCCGCAUCCUCCACCCUGACGCUCCACGUGCCACUGGUCCUGAGGGACGGGACGUCCGGCCUUACCAGCACCGGGACAGUCACUGUGUCCGUCUGUCCCUGUCUGAGAGGAGGGGCACGGGCCGGGGAGAAAGAGAAGGACAAACAGUCCGAGGGCGAGUGGGACUGGGAAAGAGAGGCGGUGUGUCUCCCUCAGCAGUCCACUCUGCCUUCCCCUGGGCUCAGUACCGCCGCCCUGCUGGCUAUCCUGGCUUGUGUCGCCACACUACUGGCGGUGAGUGCGCUGUCAUUGUCACUGCGCCGUCAGAAGCGUGACUCCCUGUCACCGCUAGAGGAGGACGACGUACGUGAGAACAUCAUAACGUAUGAUGACGAGGGCGGGGGCGAGGCCGACACGGCUGCCUUUGACAUUGCCGCACUCCAGAGCGCCCCGCACAGCUCACGCUCACGUGGUUAUCGCACCCUGGACAGCAGGAAUGUACGUUACUCCCAUCAUAACCAAGACAAAGCUCGCACCUUUAGCUGGGCUCAGAAUCCAGGUGUGGAUCACAACUACUCAGGACCAAGUGGACCUCUCUAUGGUCGCCUCUGUUACAGCAGCCACACGUUACCUGUUCUCCGCCGCACACCAGGUGGAACAUUUGAACCAGGCCUGGCAGAGCUGGGAUACCGCUUUCCUGGAGGCCAACCAGACCACUCUCUAGUCAUCCAGAACCAGGGGGCCAUGGUAGGGGCCAUGGAGUCUGGGGCAGUGUACAUCGCUCCCACAGACCUCAGCACGGGAAGCCGAACAGGGAGUCGCACGGGAAGCCGUGACGGGACUGCACCCCAAAGUGGGGUAAGCACAUCGGAUGGAGGAACGCCGAGGACCAGUGACAGCCAGGAGAGAGGAGGAGGAGGGACAGGAACUGCAAGCAACUGCACAGAGGGGAGCAGUGAGGACAAGGCCAACCAUAGUCAAGAUGUGGACUGGUACCACACCCUACCCCAGCCCCGAACUGAAACCACUCGUGUUCGCCUACGUUCCCUCCAGGUGCAGUCGGAGUCAUUACCCAGGGAGCAUCACCUCGUCAUGACACGAUCGGGCUCCACGAUGGGCCAGGGUCCCAGCACAGGAGGCUGGGUGUGCGACUCGGCUACCCUCCCCAUGGCGGGACGCAGGGCUUCUCGUGUGGGCUUGUCCCCAAACCGCACAAGCUCUGGCCAGCCUGAAUCUGAUCCCAGUGGAGGAGGAGGAGGCAGUGGAGGAGGAGGAGGCAGUGGAGGAGGAGGGGGAGGGGGAGGGGGAGGGGGAGGGGGAAAUGGAAGUGGGUUCACCUUUACAAAUGGACAACCUGCCAGUGGACGCAACUAUGCCACUGUCCUGCAGGGGGAGGUAUCGGGACAGAGGGACUACCCCGGCAGCUUGGGGAGAGGAGGACUAGAGAUGGGGAGCAACUUUGUGGUGGCAAGGCCAGAAAGAGAGGGCAUAGGGAUAUCAUCUGUCUACCCAGAAGCAGCUGGCUUAAUUGGGGACUGGCGUGAUCGGAUGGGUCUGGGGGGUUAUGUUUUAGGCAGAAGGGAUAUAACUCCCCAGCUUUUUCCUUUCCCAGGGCAGCCUCAGGGAGCAUACGGCGGAGUGAUGGGCUUUGGGGCCGGCUGGGUUCCAGGAAUGGAGGCUGUGAGAGGAGCUCCAGGGCCUGGGGGUCCCUCCUUGGCACUGAGGGUGGGUGAGUUCCUACGUCUGCGUCUUGCCCAAGUCACUUUUGACCCAUCGCAGCCACCGUACGACUCUGUGCAGGUGUACGGCCUGGAAGGCACAGGGUCCCGGGCUGGAUCCCUCAGCUCACUCGAGAGCGAAGCAGAGAAGGAUGCAGAGAAGGAGGAGUGGGGGGCCGGGCUAGAAGAGUGGGGACCCCAGUUCCACAAAUUAGCUCAACUCUUCAAAGACAGGGAGAAGGAAAGGGAAGAGAAGGAAAACGAUGACGUGGAUGCCAAAAAUGAGAAGGAAAAGAAAGACGAGCCCGGGAAGAAAGAGAAAAAAGAGGGAGAGGAGCAGGCUGGAGAAGAGGGGAAAGACUGAGGAUGGAUACAAAUUAAUCAAAUAGGGGCAAAGAGGGUAAGAGAGGAAGGGAGGGAAUAGGAGGAUGAUGAAAAGGCAACCAGAGUUAGAAUAAUGUGAAGAGAAGUUAAAGGAGAGAAAGAUGAAGAGGCAAAGUAAUGGAAAGAGACAGAGAAAAAUCAGCCUAGGGAGGGUGGAGUGUGCGAGGUCAGGGGAGGGAGUGAUUGAUGUAAUUUAAAGCAAUAAGUGUUGAAACGCUGAUAUGGUUGAGCACAGAUACUGAGACAAUGCAGAGGCUGCUUCUGCUCGGGGCAGCAACAAUUUGUUAAACGCUUUGGACAAAGAAAAACAACCCAAACAUCCAAGAUUCGAUUUAAUUCAACUCUCACGUGUGGAACGAGAAACAGCAGGAAAAAAGAAGAAAGACGUUUCUCGUUGUGUGUGUCGGUCUGCUCUUUGUGUCCGCAUGUGUGUGUUUGUGUGUGAGAAACGUCUGUGAGGGAAGACAGAUGUGCGAGCAGAAGUGCAUACAAUCACUUGUUUGUGUGAGUGCAUACGUGUGCAUAUUUAACAAAGACGGAGCAAUAGUGGCAGGGAGAAUUCAUGGUACCCAGAGACAAUUUAAAGAUGUGACUGAUGAUAUCUUAGCUGCAACAUUAGUUGUCGGGACAAUGUGCAAGAGUAAACAUUUAACAAGGAAGUUUUGAAACUAGGAUAACACACGUGGGAUGAAAUAUGUAUUUGAAUAUAAUGUGAACGGGUAAGGAGAUGGAUGUACUGUAUAGAGAAGUGGUCGGGGAAAUGAGACGAUUGUACAUAAACUGUUACUUUUUAUUCCAUCUGCUGUGGCAGAAAAGUGAAUUAUUCAGCUCACUACUUCAUUCCAAAUGAAAAUGAUGAAUCAUUUAAAUCCUGCAAAAGAUCCUCCCUCCUCUCAGCCCACAAGGAAAAUAGACAUUGUAAAAAAUUUAAAUGAUUUAGGGAUGUGAUCCCACUCAAACCCCCAUCCCUCCAGCAUUUUGUAGUCGAGUGUUGGUAUGUUUACAAAGAGUCACACACAGACACACACACAAAAGAACUAAUGAGCACCAUAAGGCUUUGAUUGUACUACAGUAAAUUAUAAAAGCUUAACCAUUCACAAGUAUUCCAUCUACUAUGGAGUAAUAGCGAUUCUAUUAUUCAUCUCUUAAAUUUUUUUAUGGAAGAAGUCUCCUAUUUUUUAUGCGUAUCCCCACUGUAGUCUCACUUGACACGUCUUGAGGACAAAGUAUGCAUGAUUUUUGAAAACGACAGCAAACCUAAAAAAGGCAAUCAAUCCCAUUUUCAACACUCGUAAUUCCCGGAUGAAAACUUUCCAUAGAUCUGUAAUGAAAUUGUAGGGAAAAAACACCCCAGAGACUCUCACGACAUGGAGGCUUUUUGUUCUUGUUAAAGGUCAGGAUGCAAAUGAGCUGGAGUUUUCAGCUGGAAUGCACUUUUAUACUGUGUGAUGUUCAAUAAUAGAUAAUGAAUAAUGUCAAAGAUUACAGUUGUUUUAUAAGAUGUCAAUUAAACAAAAAUAUACAAUGUUUGACUGUAUGUAAAAGCAUUUCAAAUGUAAAUACCACUGAAUAUUAUUGCUAAAA